AUGGGUUGUGGUGCAAGUACAAAACGAAAUCAACAAGCUUCUCCACAAAAAUCGCCAACGUUGUCGGCUAAAUCAACGUCAGAAAGUCGAAAGCGAUCGGUAUCAGAGCGUCUACCACGAUCGAUUAAUGCUUCGCCCCGUUCAAGCUCAAAUCAGAAUCGACAACCUUCGACGCAUAAACGAUCGGAGCAUGAUCAAGAAUCAUUCGAACAUAGGCGCCUAUCGAACCAAACAAACAAUUCAGAUGAACUUGAACGACAUGAAAAUCCUACUCCAAAUGAUGAACUGAAUAAUAAUACUAUUGGAAAUAGGGAUCAUCACUCAUCGUCAUCAUCAUCAUCAUCACCUACGGACAAUCCGAUUAAUGGAACAAAAUUACAUUCAAGAACACAGUCUUUACAUACGGAUUCUCCACAGGCAAAUGAUAUACAUCGAAAGGAUUCGCGUUCUGUAUCUAAAUUAAGUAGAAAUUUAGAUGGAAAAAUUUCUGUCACAUCACUUCAACACACUGGUAUCUGUCAGUAUUGUCCACAUUGUCAAAAAGUGAAAAAUGGAAAAAUACCGCCGAUUCCAGAGCUAACAUGGAUUACAAAAAAUCCAGGUGUUGGUGAAUUUGUAAUUAAAAUGGAUAACUAUGAUACUGACGCUAUUAGAAAAAAACUUAUUUCGGAAUAUGGUCAUCUUCCUGGUUGUUAUGAUUAUCAACCUUAUCUAACAAUUGAACCAACUAAUGAUAACGAUGAUGGAAAAGAAAAUGAUUAUUAUACACAACCAUUUGUUGCUCGUAAAAACUCGAUUAUUUCACCUUUGCAUACUCCAUUUCCACAAUAUGAUAUUCUGCAACGUCAAGAACAACGUUUAAACAAACCCCAUGAACCGACAUUGUUCGUUGAUUAA